CACGCCGCCGACGCUCACUACUGUUUUUUAGACCUUCUACUUCUAGCUAGCUCUGUAGAUCUACUACUAGUAGUAGUACCUAGUAGUACUGUCUACAUAAUCAUUAUAACACAUCACUGAGUUAUUCUGUCGGCAUCGAAACACGACUGCCCGGUGUUCAGAAGUCAGUAGAUAGCCGUGUAGACCAGUCUACGUGUUCUUCAUUUUCUUCUUUCACGCCCACUUGCUGAAUGUGACUUCAGACAAGUAACUGUUUUACAAAGACAGUUGAGCCUGAGCCAUCCCUCUGUGGUCUGUGUGGACUACCAGAAAGGCAGAAUCAACAAGCAGUAGCUGCUAGGAAGCUUGAUAUAUCUGUGGGCCGAACCGGAUCCGCGGACGCAGCCUAGCCCGCAUGCUCGGUGCACUCCGAUUUCACGGUGCACGUACGUGUAACACGGUGUGCCUCUUCAAGCUCUUGCCUUGCAAGCUUGAGCAGCGAAUUUUUGAAAUAAUUACUUGAACAACAGCAGAUGAAAGUGCACAUCAAGUCUUGAGUCUUGGUGUGCAGACCAAGAAUCACCAGGCUCUGCAGUAGCCUGCGUUCCAGUAUUUUCUAAGCUCGCCUAGUCAGGCUUGACGUUCUUCUGGCUUCCUGUGCGGCAUCAGCCAUGUGGCGUUCAUAUCUCAUCAUAGUCUGCAGCUUGCUGGGCCUGCAGCUGUUGUGCAGCACACAAGUUACACUGGGACAAACAUUUUCAACAAUCUCUUCAAGCCAAAUGCAGCAGAGGCUGAGGACAUUUUCUACAUCUGCUCUUUCCGUGCAGGCAAUGCAGGAGUUGUAUAACAAUAAUGCGGAGCUGUCCACAUCACCUGCGCUGAAUGGUGCCACUAUUGCCAAUAAUCUUGCAACUCAAGUGGCGUCACGUCUUACCUCUCGCCUGAGCAUAGUCACCUCGCUUCGUUCACGAGCGCGUGAUGCGUACAAUGGCGGGCAGACAUCUAGCACCCUGACUGAGUGCUGCAGGCUGUCCCGGAACAGUGUCAGCUUUGAUGCUCGCUUCAAUCAAACGGUCAACCUUGACAAUGGAUGUGAUCGUAUCAGUGCUAGUGCAUCAUCCUCACGGUCCACCAUCAGCUCUACAAUCACUGCCGAGGCAAAGGCACAGCUGAACCGUGUUCCGGAGGCAAGAUUCCAAUACUUUGGAUCAGAAGAAGGCUAUGCAACACUGUACCCUGGCAUCAAUAUCACCGAUUGUUCCGAUUAUGACCCAAGAUUCAGACCGUGGUAUGUGGCAUCUGCAGUGCCCACACCCAAGGACCUGGUCAUUGUAGUGGAUGUUAGUGGAUCUAUGGGCGAUAUUGUACCCAAUUCUGGAGGUCAAAGUCGUCUUGACCUUGCUAAAGUUGCCGUCGCAUCUAUAUUGAACACACUAUCAGACAGAGAUCGGGUCACUGUUGUGCCGUUCUCUGGCAGUGUGGGGUCCAUCGGUGGCAGUAGUAGCGAAGCAGGGUGCUUUGACUCUGAGCUAGGCCUGGUAUCUCCGUACAGCGUUAGACUUCUGACUAGACUGGUCAAUGGUCUCAAUGCAAACGGUGGAACAAGAUAUGCAGCUGCUAUUGAAGCUGCUUAUGAGCGCCUCGAUGUGCCAGAACUGCGGCCGGAGAGAAGAGCAGAGAAAGUAAUCAUUUUCUUGACGGACGGUGCGCCAUCGGACGGCUUUCAGGUCUUGCCUGCUCAGCGCAUCGCGGCCGCCAAGUUCCAGUACACAGUGACUGUGUUGACGUACGCACUUGGUCCCUCCAUCUCCGAUCCGACUCUGCUAUCUAACAUGGCUGCUCAGAGAUAUGGCAGUGGCUUCUCGCUGCCAUCUAGCGGAGCUGUCGGUAGAUAUCAGCAAAUCGCUGACUUCAACAACCUACGCGGCAGCCUGUCUCUGUACUAUUCGUUCUUUGCCACUGAGGUUUCCACGUCGUCAACUACCAUUACAAUGCCGUACUACGAUGCAUUUGGCCUGGGUGCCAUUCUGACCGUGGCAGCACCAGUCUAUGCUGGGCCAACGACCAAUCUUCGGCUGGCUGGUGUUGUCGGUGUCGAUGUCACGGUGUCCGACCUCUUCGGUGAUAUCUCGUACUUCUCCGAUGCUGAGCACCAGUAUGCAUUCAUGAUCAACAAUGAUGGUGAAGCUGUCCUUCAUCCUCUUCUUUCGCUGCCCGUGGAUCUGUCCACUGAUCCUCUGUUUCAAGACAUCACGCUCCUAGAGCCGGACGCUGCAUUCCGUAGCAACGUGUACAUGCAGAUGAGAAACCGUACAACAGGGUCAGCCACUUUCACUGCAACGCGAUUUCAGAUGAUUGGUAAUAGUCAAUAUGAAGGCACAGUGCGUGUAUCAGUGAUGUCAUCUUAUUACUGGCAACCGAUUUCUGGAACUGAGUUCAUUGUUGGUGUGGUUUUGAAUCACGAUGCCUCCAAUGAAGUUGAUGCUCUAAUUAACCAAGCCCGAAGUUCAGUGAACACUCUGUACCAUCGACUAGACCUCAAUGUGCGCGGACAACGGUGCAGUCAGUUUGGGCAUCUUGCCGUGAGAGAUCUGAGUGCGGUCAAAUUUUCACCAGAAGCAUUCCUCAAUCCGUCGCAGUAUCUCAACGUGCCGGAGACAUCUCAGACUGUUUCCAGCUAUCUGAGCUACUUGGAUGGCAAUGGUGCCAACUCCUAUUUCAAGGAUACAAUUCGCAACUCGGUUCGCUUGACAUCGGCGCUGGAUGCACUAUGGAAUAGCCCGGCGGCUGGUCUGUACUCACGCUCGGUUGUGUGGAGGUAUAUUGGUAGCAUAGAUGGCAUGUUCCGCAUCAUUCCAGGAACACAGCUGCCCACCGCAUACGAUCACUUGCGUCGUGACUGGUUUACAAGGGCCCUGAGUAACCCAGGAGAUAUAACCCUGUCACCACCCUACCUUGAUGCAUUCGGUGCUGGUUAUGUUGCCACACUUAGUCAGAGUAUUCACCAAUCAGUCAACCGCUCUGUACCAGCUGUUGGUGCUGUGAUGGGCGUGGAUUUUACCAUGGGCUUUCUCGGCUUGACCAUUGAACAAGUGUACCCGGAAUGCCGCAAUACGUACAGGUGUGUGAUAGUGGAUAGAUCUGGCUACUUGGUCUACCACCCUGACUUUGUAACUACCGGUCAAGACCCACAAUGGGUUCAUUUGGGCCGUAAGGAACCUUAUCUGAUGAGAGACCUGCAGGGCAGAGGCUUCGCUCAGAGGAUUAACUGCGCCAAGUAUGAUGUGCAAACACGCUAUGUUUCAUGGAGGAUAAGCGUCACUGGCCGCAUCACUGGAACUCUCACUUGUUCCGAGUCUGUCCCAUAUGUGCUGGAACCCAUUUCCGGUACCAAUGUGUACAUUGCAUUCAUGCAAUCCACCGGUUGCUCACAGCCAAACAAUAACGUUUGUCAGUGCAAUAGUAACGGGCUGGGUAGAUGCACGCGUUCAUCACUCUGCGAGUGCCCGUGUACACGAGAUCUUGAUUACAGCGCAUGCACAAAUAGCUUUACGGGAUCGUCGCUCGUGUAUGACGUUUGUCCUGCGGAAAUUGCUGGCUUGCCUGUCAUACCGCGACAGCCAUCAUCUAUUGUGGGCCUGGAGGGUUGCUUCAAUGGUACUUGCUCAGGGCUCACCCAGUCUAGUGACUGCCGUGCAACUCAAGGCUGUGCCUGGUGUACCAGGAGUGCGUCUGGUACUGAGCUGUCGUCCAGUUUCUGCACAACCGACUGCCAGUGCUUCGGUGGCCGACAAGGCGAAAAGAACCCGAGUGGCAACUGUGAUGCAACUGUAACUCCCACCACCAUGGUCCCUGCAAGCACAGCAGUACCUAUGCCUUCGGUCACAACUAACUAUGCAACUGUAACUCCCACCACCAUGGUCCCUGCAAGCACAGCAGUACCUAUGCCUUCGGUCACAACUAACUCCGGAGCCUCUUAUGGAGCUGCCGUGCCAUCUCUCUUGGCUCUAGUUCUCCUGAUGGUCGCCACACUCCAUCUGUAAACGCUUGCCAGCAUGUCUGCCCUGCAAGAACACGGGCAAGUUGCGAUGGCAUCACCAUGGCUACAGUGCAUGCAAGUCAGUAGCUGCCGGUGCACUGCCAAGGUUCGCUCUGUUUAUCCUGGCGGCUUCCGUUGUGUACGAGUGCUUUGCCAUAAGUAAGGCCAUCUACUUCCUCUAUGGCCGACUGACACGGGUGUACGAUAUCUGACCACCUUGUUUGUCCCACAUUCGUUAGUUCAUCAUGCGCACAUUCAAGUGCUGUCAGGUUUAGUUUCUAGAAACCUCUUUACUAAUUCAUUGUGCGCGAAAUUCUAACUUUUCCUUGUGCUAUUGGCGCUUGCACUUCUGGUAACAUAAUUCAUUUAGAAUUCUCUAGCACAUCUGUAUUCACUUGACGUUUAGCACAUGGAUGUGAGUCCAUCUGUUUUACAAACCACACUCCAAUAUGAAUUCCCGUAAUGAAUGAACACUUUGCGCCACCCCGGCUUGUGGGGAGGAGGUCCCGAUCAAUCUGCAUUGUUGUUUUGCAUACUGUAUGCAUUGGUAAUCUAUAUGUAGGUUUAAACUCAUGUUGCAGUGCUAUCACGGUUGGAACCAGGGAGUCGUAAAAUACCGGUAGGCGACACGCCACACAUUU